UAUCCAUCGCCAUUCACACUGCUAUCUUCCACUGGCAGCGCCCGCCUAUUCCUCUGAUUUUUGCCGCGGGGGAGGGCUUCCAUCAAUCGACCGAUGGGAACUCUUCCGAGCUCGGCGGCGGCGAUCCUCAAUCUCAACUAUCGGCCCGGGCUGCUUCAGGGCAUCGCCGGUGGCUUCCGCGGUCGUACGGGUCUGGUUGCGCAUGUGGGGAAAUCGAGGAUGCGCUGCUGCUGCAUUCUGAAGGAGAGAGAAAAGGUCUAUUAUCUAUUUCUACAUGGAGGAAGACAGAUUCCUGAUGCCAAGGCAACUAGAUGGUCCGUAAUGUUGAAGCCUGCAAAGGAAUUAUUUACAGGCAUUUCUUUCAAUGAUCAUGUUGAAAGUAACACUAGUCUGUUAAAGUGGAUUAGUGCAAUUUCAUGUGGAGCUACAUCAUGGUUGGGUUGUGCUGACGUGGCGCAAUCAAGUGAAGGAACAAAAAUAAACAUGGUUUAUGAGAUUGGUGAACUAUUUGAACUGGGGAUUCAAUUAUCAUACUUGCUAGUGCUAUUAGGACUUCUUGGAGCUGGAUCUUUCUUUGUCAUCCGUCAGGUUCUUGUCCGUCGAGAGCUUGACCUGUCUGCAAAAGAAUUACAAGAGCAAGUCCGAAGUGGUGAUGCAACAGCUACCGAGUACUUUGAGCUUGGUGCUGUGAUGCUGAGAAGAAAAUUCUACCCAGCAGCUAUCAAAUAUCUGUUACAAGCAAUCGAGAAAUGGGACAGAGAUGAUCCAGAUCUAGCUCAGGUGUAUAAUGCUCUUGGAGUGAGUUACAUCCGAGAUGACAAACUCGACAAAGGCAUUGCACAGUUGGAGAAAGCAGUGAAGCUUCAACCUGGUUAUGUGACUGCAUGGAACAACCUUGGUGAUGCAUACGAAAAGAAAAAGGAAUUGCGAGCUGCUUUAAAAGCAUUCGAGGAGGUGAUUAUUUUGGAUCCAAACAACAAGAUGGCAAGGCCACGACGAGAUGCACUGCGUGAACGUGUCCGUUUCUACAAGGGUGUUUCGAUCAAAUCAGAAGAGUGAUGAGUCUGGUAUAUUUUGUAAACGAUUCUAAUUUUUGACCAUGUUAAUUCCUAAGAUAUUCUCAAGCUUGAGCAUGUAAAGAAUACGCUAACAGGAGCAAUGGUUCUCCGCGGCUUUGCUUGUAUUGUUGAUGUAUGUUAAGGACUUAUUUGCCUA